AUGAGUGCCAUUCGCGAGCAUAUUGCUGCCCUGCGGCCUGCCAUUGAAGAAAUUCUCAAGAUCUCCGGGACAGCUGGAGCUUCCAUUGGGUGUAUCCAAGAUGGAGAAUUCUACGAUGCUCAUUUUGGCUUCAUGGAUCAUGAGCAGACCAAGACAGCAAACGCAGACACACUGUAUAGUAUUGGAUCUUUGUCAAAGUCCAUGCUGGCUUUACUAUUUGGAUCCCUUGUGGAUGACAAGAUUGUGUCCUGGAAUGAGACGGUUCAAAGCAUCAUUCCAGAAUUUCGAACUCAAAGCAAGGAUCUCGGCAACAAUUGCACCGUACUGGAUCUUCUGUCGAUGAGGUCGGGCCUACCGACUUUCAAUAUUUUGUGGUAUCAAGGCAACUCAGAGCCUCUGGUUAACAGAUCAGAUCUGUUGUCUAUGGUUAACGGCAUGACACCAAGUUUUACUUUGCGUACGGACUGGAGGUACACAAAUUGGGGGUAUGCAAUCGCGGGCGCCCUGGCUGAGCGGAAGACAGGUGUCGAAUUUCACAAACAAUUGCAAAAGGCCUUCUUUCAGCCGCUUGGUAUGACCCGUACCAGACUGGAUCCCCAAUGGGUAGAAGAUGGGAAUGCCGCACAGGGGUUCAUAGGGCGCAACGAUGCGUCUCUGAUACCCAUCAAAACACAAGUGAUGGAUUACAGUACCAUCAUGGCGCCUGGCGGCGGCGUAUGUAGCACGAUAAAAGACCUUCUCGUCUACUACAACGCUAUCUUAAGCGCCAUCAAGGACGAAAUUGAUGGAAAACGACCCGAGAACCCCAUCUUCAAACAAAUAGGAACUAUUUUCAAAGGUCACACAACCAUGGGACAACAGAGAAUAGAAACGAGCACCCAAUACGCCCUUGGCUGGGUCAAAGGCUUCCUCCCAGGUUAUCCUGGCGUGCAAUCGCCAAACAAUGGUUUGCUGCGCAAUGUGCCUGUCAUCGGAAAAGGCACAAGCUCUCAGGUCUUUUUCGCGCACACCGGCUCAGUGGCAGGGUCUCUUUCGACCGUUAUUUUGCUUCCAGAGACGCGUAUUGCAGUUGUUGUUCUUGUCAACACCAAGCCUGCCUGCGACAGCUCUGAUUUCAUUGCUAAUAUGAUAUUAGAAAGACUUCUUGGAGGUUGUGGGGGCCACGACUUCGCAGAAUUGACCAGAGAGGCUAUGGACAAAGCAUCUCGUCGAUAUUCGGAGCAGAACGCGGAACUGGAAUCUUCGAGAGUUCCAAAUACGUCUCCUAAGCCACUGGGCGAGUACCGAGGAAGAUACUCUUGGAAAUCCAAGUCUUUUUUUGUUGAUGUUUUCGUCGAAGACGACAAGCUGAAAUUCCAAGUCAUGGGGCGAUCUGAUCAGAUAUAUUGCUUGGAGCAUUACCACUACAACACAUUCACCUAUCUCAUGACAGAUGACGAGGAAGCAGAAAGAGCUCGCUAUGUUCAAGCGAUUGGGGCUUACAAGUUUGUCUUUCAGACUAACGACAUGGACCGUAUAACAGGCUUUGAGUGGGUGGAAAUGGGGGGUGGUCCAGGGGUAUUUCAAAAAGACUAG